GGCUGAUCCCCACCCUCCCGUUUUGCUGGAUUCCCUAAAUCGAACAGACCGUCCUAUCACCCUCCAACCUCCUCUUUUCGUCACUUUCAACACCCUCCCAACUCUUCCACACCUCCCACUCAAUCCAUCUCGCAAUCAGUCUCAUACCACGCUCGAACCUACACAUUUCUGGCAAGAGAAAAUACAAUCCUUGGUCUUUAACCAUCUUGCACACAAUUUGACGACACUUACCCUCUCACCCCCCCAUCACUCGUCAAAUUCCGGGGGCUGUCCUUUUCAACAAUUCCAACAGUCUUUUGAGGAAUUCCUUCGCCGUGCAUUCCAUCAUUCUUGACGUCGGUGGGUAGUCGAAGAACAUACGAUGUUGGAACGGAGGAUUAGAUUUGUGUUUGGCUUUGAAAGGCUUGUUCCUUUCCUCGCAUACCACCAUGUUCUAAUGGUACUAAUCUUGAUUGCUAUAAUCCUGCUGUGUAAGUCGCAAAAUGUCCGAUAGCAGACACCUUUCGGAACUGGAAUACAGUUCUUUGCAACGGAACUGCCGAGCUGACGUGCGUGCAGCAUUGUUACUGGCAGGAUGUUCUUCCUCGAGCCCAUUAAUCCCCUCGAUAUUCCUGAUAAACCUGUGGUAUGACAAGACGGCGCCCGAAUUUGAUCCAGCACAGGUUGAUCCAGGUGCCACCCGCGCCAUUGGGAACAUUGUUGGCGACGCAGCGCUAGAGGCUCGAGUAGGAUAUUUCGGUAUUUGCAUUAAUCCUGACGCUGGAUCUUGGCUGUGCAGUGCAAAUGCGUCUUCACUUGCCGCUCAGGUUUCAGUGGACCAAGAUCCUUUGAAUCUUAUCUGGGUAGCCCAGACUUUCCGGGAAAGCAUUGUCUUCCCCUACCUCUUGAUCAUCGCUAUCAUUCUCGCGGCUGUUACCUUACUCUUGCUAGCUACUUUCCCCGGUUACGAGGAAGAAUUCGAGGGAGGCCCCGAAAGGAGACGUCUCCCCAGUCGUGCUGUCUCCCAGAUUGCGCUCGCUGUUAUCUUUGUUGCCGCCAUCUUCGUCCUCGUAUCAGUCUUGUGGCAGCACACGGCGAGUGUAGCUGCGGCGACGAUAGCAGAAAAUUUGGAAAACGGUUCGGUAUCAACAGGAGUCGGAGUAACAGCAAUGGUAUUAGGUUGGUUUGGGUUCGCGCUACUAAUCAUCGUCACAAUUGGUCUACUUGUUAUGAUUCUGUCAAUGCAUCUUGUCGAGAAACUCACAGAUGCUGAUGAGUUUUGAACAACAAUUUCUGGAACUGAGGAAGGUGGAGCUUAUUCUCUGGGGCCCGAAUAAUAGGGUUUGUGCAUUCAGUCAUGAGCCCGGAGAAAUGGUCGGGAGGUGAGAGCUCUGGGAUCAGAUAUCAGAAAUAUAUAAAAAAGAAAAAAAUACAACAUUGGCCAAGGCAGUGGAAAACGACAUACGAUUUUCACGAAUAUUGUUUUCAGCGAGCAUAUAAUAUCACUUUUGAUUUUUUUUCUUGUUUCUCUAUUCCUUGGCUCUUAAAAAGCCCAUAUUCGGGUUAACAUGGGCGGCUUCCGUCAAUUAAAUAUCUCUUCUGGGCCAGGCAUGAGGAGAGUGAGAUGAUGUGAUUGAUUUUGUGUUUUGAUUUUUUUUCGACCUCCCCUCUACUCUUCAUGUAACGAUACCCUAGCUUUUUUCCGUUGUCUUGGUUUUCCUUUGUUUCUUCCCCGGACACUUUUCAUUACAAUGGGUGAAAUACUAGGCUCGCUUGGUCGGUUGGGGCAAAUUAUGAUGUGUCUGGAAAGGUUUUCAGAACAGGUGCUGCCCUUAUUUUAUUUUUUCCUUACGUCACGGGUUAAACUUGGGAAAUGGAUUGGGAUUAUUUAUU